AAAAUAUAUGUUCUGACGAUUAAUAGAAAUCGCCGCCUGUUUUUCCGAUUUCAGGUCAAUCAAUUCCACCGCUUUUGUCUCUGCUGGAUGGAACCCGAGCAACCCGAGCAAAGUUCUGGAGUCUCGGAUGUUAAUGGGCCCAAAUCGACCAAAGAUGCAACCUUAAAACCGGAUGAGAUUCUCAAGAACUUACAGAACGUAUCGUACAUCUACAGAGAAGAUAUAGUGAGAAGGAAAACCAGCUCUGGCAUUGGUAUAGUGACUGAAGUUGCGGGUGAUUCGAAUUCCGAUGGCAGCUCGACUGAUGGCGAAGGUGAUGGCGAAGAUGAUGAUGAAGAAGAAGAAGAGGAAGAAGAAGAAGAAGAAGAAGAAGAAGAAGAUGCUGAUGAGGCUGGGUCUGAUGAAGAUGCUGACAUGGAAAAAACCAAGAAUGUAGAGCAUAAUGAGAAUAAUAGCCCCAAGCUGGGCCCACUUGCAGCUGACCAGAUUAGAGUGCUCUGGAUGGAUGGGACUGAGACAGCCGAGAGCAUAAACGACGUGAAAGUCAUUGACAGAGGAUUUUUGCACGGGGAUUAUGUGGCUUCUGCCUCUGAUCCCACUGGCCAGAUAGGCAUUGUGGUUGAUGUUGAUAUCACCGUGGAUCUAUUAGCAUCCGACGGCUCGAUUCUGAAAGACAUAACUUGCAGAGACUUAUUACGAAUUAGGGAGUUCACUGUAGGUGAUCAUGUGGUGUUGGGACCCUGGCUCGGUAGAAUCGAAGAUAUUUUCGAUAAUGUGACUGUCCAGUUGGACGAUGGUUCUGUUUGCAAAGUGUUGAAAGCUGACCCGAUGCAUCUUAAGCCGGUCAUGAAGGAUGUUAUCGAUGAUGGGCAUUUCCCGUAUUAUCCGGGCCAACGAGUGAGGGCAAGCUCGUCAUCGGUUUUUAAGAAUGCCAGGUGGCUGUCUGGAAUGUGGAAAGCUAAUCGGCUGGAAGGUACGGUCACGAAAGUCACUGUUGGGUCGUUGUUUGUUUAUUGGAUUGCCUCUGCUGGGUAUGGGUCGGAUUCGGUCACAACUCCUGAUGAAGAGCAGACUCCGAAGAAUUUAAAUCGGUUGACUUGUUUCUCACAUACAAACUGGCAGUUGGGGGAUUGGUGUAUGCUUCCGUCAGGUCUGUACUCUUCGGGCGGGCUUCUGAACAAGGGAUCUUCGAAAUUAGAUUCUAAUGAUAGUGUUGAGGAAGAACGUGAACCGGUUGAAACGGGUGAUGAGUCUGAUGAUGCGGAGCUAGAAGAUGCAGAGGAGUCGGCUGGGGAUACUAAACCUACAGAAAGCAGUUCAGAGGCGGUUUCCGUGGACAAAAAUGCCGAAAAUAUUUCUGCUUCGGGUUCGAAGGAAGCUGUCGUCCACGAGACGUGGCCGCUCCACCAUCGUAAAAAGAUCCGUAAAGUGGUGGUAAAAAAGGACAAGAAACCAUCACGGAAGAAAGUGGAGAGUUUCGAACGUGCGUUCUUGAUUAUCAAUACACACACAAAAGUUGAUGUUGUCUGGCAAGAUGGCUCGAUAAAACAGAAGCUGGACUCAUCGUCUUUAAUUCCCAUUGAUAGUCCUGGGGAUCAUGAAUUUGUUGCUGAGCAGUAUGUGGUGGAGAAAGCAGCCGACAGUGAUGAUGCUGUCGAGACAAGACGAGUUGGGGUUGUGAAAAGUGUCAAUGCCAAGGAUAGGACAGCUUGUGUUAGGUGGUUGAAGCCUGUUGCUAGGGCUGAGGACCCUCGGGAAUUCGAUAAAGAGGAAAUGGUGAGUGUGUAUGAGCUCGAGGGGCAUCCUGAUUAUGAUUAUUGCUAUGGAGAUAUAGUUGUUCGGCUAUCGCCUAUUUCUUUGCCGGACAAGAUGGAUUCACAUUCUGAUGAGAACCCAAUGCUUAAUAGUUCGGAUAAUCCCGAGAGUGAGAAGGAAAGGAAUGCAGAAAAUGGGCAUGACACGUCUACUGAGUUUUGUGAUCUCUCUUGGGUUGGGAACAUCACUGGGCUAAAAGACGGUGACAUAGAAGUCACGUGGGCCGAUGGAAUGAUAUCUACUGUCGGUCCUCAAGCUAUAUAUGUUGUUGGUCGAGAUGAUGAUGAGUCCAUUGCUGUUGGCAGCGAUGCUGGCGAUGAUGGGGUUAGCUGGGAAACUGUUGAAGAUGACGUGGAUAAUGUUGAUAAUACUGAGGAACAUAGGACAAACAAUUCUGGUGAGGUUGAAAGUAAUGAGAUUGGUGCAGAAAAUUCUGGGAAUAAUGGGGCUCUCUCGAUUCCUCUAGCUGCAUUUGGUUUUGUGACCCGACUAGCAUCAGGAAUAUUUUCUAGGGGAAAAAAGCACUCGGAUGAAGAAGAUCUUGAAUCGGAUGAUUUGACUUUGGACAGAGAUCCCAAUAAUGAAUCCAGCUCACAAAAACCUAAUGAUACUGAAAGUCAAAUUUCGAACCCCAUCACCAAUUCUAAAGAGGAGGAGGAAAAUGAAGCUGCUGAGUCCUCUGAUUUGCUACAAGUUGCUGAAACUCUUUGCAGCCUAAAACUAUCACAGUUGGAUACUCCAAUGCGCGAAGAACCUAUUUCAAAAUUCAAAGGUUUUGAUAUUGUUAGAGACCCUGUUGAUCAUUAUUUUCAUGGUACACCAGGGCAGUGGCUCAAGAAAGUUCAGCAGGACUGGGACAUUCUUCAAAAUAACCUGCCUGAGGGCAUAUAUGUACGUGUCUAUGAAGAUAGAAUGGAUCUUUUGAGAGCUGUGAUAGUUGGAGCUUAUGGGACUCCUUAUCAGGAUGGUCUUUUCUUCUUUGAUUUUCUACUUCCACCGGAAUAUCCAGAUGUUCCGCCUGACUUUGAAGAGCUUGUCAUGGAGCAUUUCAAGAAGCAGGGCUACUAUAUUCUCAAGGCGUGUGAUGCCUAUAUGAAGGGUCAUUUGAUUGGUUCUCUCACAAAAGACGCUUCCAUAAGUGAUGGUAAUGCUAACUCGAAUUCAGUCGGUUUCAAGCUUAUGCUCGGCAAAGUUGUGCCGAGACUUUUUGCUGCAUUGAAGGAUAUUGGUGCUGAUUGCAAGGAAUUUGAGCAUUUGAAUCACAUUCAGUUGUAAGAAUGAUCUCAAUUGGACUGUGUGAGCAUUUUAAGUU